CAUCCCGAUCAGGGAAUUUAAGCUGAAAUUUAUUGGGUCGCCGCCAUUCCAAUUAGAAAUAGAAAUUGAAAAAGAUAAGUAAAAUGGCAAACGGGAGCAUUUGGUUAGAUGAGUUUUGGCGGGGCAGAUAAAUUAGAAUUCGAAAGCAGGCGCGCUAAACCCAAAGGAGAGGGAACUUUCAACUUUCAAGUUUCCAUUCAUUUCAAUCCCAAAUGUUAAACUGUCCUCUAUUUCUAUUUCGAGCUCAUCUUCUUCAUUUGCACAGCCGGAGCUCACAUUGUCUGCGACAUUUUCUUGACAUUUUUGUUACAUGCUGUGACAGAAGUGGAUCUGAAGUUGAAGAAGAUGUGUGCGAGGGAAGAGGAAAGGCGUGCUCCCAUUACCAGGGCCCGCGCUGCAGCGGUGGAGAAAAAUAACAGAAGCAGAUCUACACCUCCUAAGCGAGCUGCUCAGGAUGAGAAUGGCCGCGGGAAUGCUCAGCCUCAAAAUAAAAGGCGAGCUGUUUUGGGGGAUGUGACGAACACAGUGCUGGCAUUGCCGGCUGAUUGCUCUGAAACAAAGGGCCAGGGAAACAAGGGGAAAGAUAAAAAAAAGGUGAAAGCAAGGUUGCGUAAGGAUGCCAAGGCUUUGGCCUUAUCCACGCCUUCUGAUGAGAUCGUGGCUGUGCCUCCGGCUGUUGAGGGUAAAUGCAUAGAUGAGAUUGGAAAGGCCCAGGCAAAUGAGAGUGAAAAGGCCAAAACGAAUGAGAGUGACGAAGGGAAUGCAUAUAUUGAUGGUGGUAUCAGGGAGGAUCCUCAGAUGUGUAGCAGCUAUGUUCAAGAUAUUUAUAACCAUUUGCGGAUUGCUGAGUUGAAGAAGAAACCCAAAAGCAAUUUCAUGGAGACUUUGCAGAAGGACAUCACUCCUAAUAUGCGAGGGAUACUCAUAGAUUGGCUUGUAGAGGUAUCAGAGGAAUACAAACUUGUACCAGACACAUUGUACUUAACUGUAGGUUACAUCGAUCGUUUUCUCUCUGUAUACCCUGUCAGCAGACACAAACUCCAACUCUUGGGGGUUACCUGCAUGCUUAUUGCCUCGAAAUACGAGGAAAUUUGCCCUCCCCACAUAGAAGAGUUCUGUUAUAUCACAGAUAAUACUUAUACAAGGGAAGAGAUGGUAACAAUGGAGAGAAAUAUCUUGACCUUCCUUCAUUUUGAAAUGACAAUGCCUACAAUAAAAACUUUCCUAAGACGCUUUGUACGAGCUUCUCACCUAGCGGACAAAGGACCCUCCUUGGAGAUGGAGUUUUUAUCCAAUUAUCUUGCAGAGUUAACAUUAUUGGAAUGUAGUUUUCUUAAAUAUUUACCUUCACUUAUAGCAGCUGCAGCUGUGUAUCUUUCUCUGCUCACCCUCGACUUCAAGACAUGCCCUUGGAAUUCAGCUUUGCAACAAUGCACCGGCUAUAAGCCAUCCCAACUUAAGGACUGUGUGACUGAAAUUUAUGACUUACAAACGAAGAGAAAGGCCUCUGCAUUCAUGGCAAUAAGGGAGAAAUAUCGGCAACUCAAGUUCAAACGUGUGGCAAAUUUGCGACCCCCUGCUAGUCUUCCUCAGAGUUUCUUUGAAGACAUUGCACAAUGAAAAAAGCUGUAUACAUCAUUUUUGGGCCAAUGUUUUUUUAUGGGCACCUUUUCUUUUUCUUCUUGUUGUAAAUGGUAUCAUAUUAUACAAAUAAUGUUACACUAGCUAUUUUGGAUUGAAAAAAAACCCUUCUUUGUCUGCAGUA